AUGAUUAAGCCACUUCUUUAUGGGCGAAUUUGUCGAAUUUUAAAUCCCGUGGCCUCAAGGCUGUGGUACGCAUCAGCUGCUAAAGCAGGCACGUCAGAGGUCUCUUCUAUCUUGGAGGAAAAGAUCCUUGGCAUAGGAGGGUCGAUCGACAUCCAGGAAACCGGUAGAGUCCUUUCUAUUGGCGACGGAAUCGUUCGUGUCUAUGGUUUAAAGAAUGUGCAGGCAGAAGAGAUGGGAAUGGCUUUGAAUUUGGAGGCUGACAAUGUCGGCAUUGUGAUUUUCGGAAACGAUCGUCAGAUAAAAGAAGGGGAUAUUGUAAAGCGCACAGGCAAUAUAGUGGAUGUGCCCACGGGCGAGGGUCUACUUGGUCGAGUGGUUGAUGCUUUGGGAAACCCCAUCGAUGGCAAGGGGCCAUUAAAAAAUGUCACUCGCCAGCGCGUUUCUGUCAAAGCGCCUGGAAUUAUUCCCAGAGAGUCUGUAAGAGAGCCCAUGCAGACAGGGAUCAAAUCCAUCGACUCCAUGGUACCAAUCGGCCGGGGUCAGCGCGAGCUGAUCAUCGGGGAUCGCCAAACUGGAAAGACAGCCAUUGCUCUUGACACCAUCAUCAACCAGAAGAACUGGAAUGACCAGGCGGACGAGUCGAAGAAACUCUAUUGUGUUUAUGUCGCCAUUGGUCAAAAGCGAUCAACGGUAGCCCAAUUCGUACAGAAGCUUGAGGAAAACGACGCACUCAAGUAUACUAUCAUCGUUGCGGCAACAGCGUCUGAGGCAGCUCCCUUGCAAUACCUGGCGCCAUACACCGGAUGCGCCAUGGGUGAAUACUUUCGCGACAACAAAAAGCAUGCAUUGAUUGUUUAUGACGAUCUUUCUAAACAAGCGGUUGCAUAUCGCCAGAUGUCUCUUUUAUUGAGACGCCCCCCUGGACGGGAGGCAUAUCCUGGUGACGUCUUUUAUCUCCACUCGCGUUUGCUAGAGAGGGCCGCAAAAAUGUCAAAAGCUUUUGGAAGUGGUUCGCUGACGGCCCUUCCGAUCAUUGAAACCCAAGGUGGGGAUGUCUCUGCGUACAUUCCGACCAAUGUCAUUUCCAUUACGGAUGGCCAAAUCUUUCUAGAAGCAGAGCUCUUUUUUAAAGGCAUCCGUCCGGCCAUCAAUGUCGGUCUCUCUGUAAGCAGAGUCGGUUCAGCUGCUCAAAUAAAAGCCAUGAAGCAGGUGGCCGGAUCCCUCAAACUCUUUUUGGCCCAAUAUCGAGAGGUGGCUGCCUUUGCUCAGUUCGGCUCCGACUUGGAUGCUUCUACGCAGUUUCUUUUGAACCGUGGUGCAAGGCUAACGGAACUACUUAAGCAGCCGCAAUAUCGCCCGAUCCCGGUCGAGCAACAAGUUGUGAUCAUAUUUUGCGGGGUGAACGGCUUUCUUGACAAGCUUGAUUCGAAGCGCGUCACUGCUUACGAGGCGAGACUGAUUCCCCACCUGUUGGAGAAUCAUCCAGAUAUAUUUGAAAGCAUUAGAAGGGAAAAUUCUCUUUCAGAGACUACCACCAAAAAACUUAGAGAGGCUCUUACCGCCUUUGGGGCAUCCUUUGUCUGA